GUAGUAUCAGUCGCUGUUCGAUGGUCAGCGUGUAAGGUCGUUUUAGCGAGCGAAAUACGUGACGAGUCGAGAUUAUGCCAAAAUUACGGGACUAGUGCCAACGACGAGAACGAUGAUACGUGGCGAGAGGUCGUAUCCGCGAGAUCGAAUCGUGACGACGCACGAUUACCAGCGAUAUUCUUUUCGUGGGCUCUACCAGUGAAAAUAUAUAUAUUCCUUUGGUGUUGCGAGCGGCUUCUCAGCGUGCUCGUCGGAGGGCAAUAGACCGGGCCUGUCGGUAGGAAAAUGGCGGCGCAUCUUCCGCGACGGAGACGUCGCACUACGGCGACAAGUAUCUGAAGAAUCGCCGCGAAACAACCACCCGGCAUCCCUGGAAUCGUCAUUCUUUUCGUCUGUCCGGUGAGAUAAUUCUCGCGGUGCUCUUCGAUCCGUAAAAGUGUCGCGGAUUUAUCUGGACCAACGUUCGCUCCAGGCGAUGUGAACAGACGGCGUGUACGGCUCGUACGCUUGGAAAAUAACGCUCGUAGAAAAACGGAGGACGUUGAGCGCGAUAAGAGCCGGUGUGCGUGAGUGCAUGCGGUGCGGUUAGAAACCGCGUUCGAUCUCGGAAGUGGCUCUUAUGCGAGUGAGCGCCGCGCGUCAGCGGCACCGACAGUGGCAACAACCGCGGUGACAAGUGUCUCGUCGGCGGGGCGACUCCUCGCCUCAUCCCCGGACGGCGAUCGCCGGAGGAGGAUGAUACCGCGAUCGACGUCAGCGGUCGUCGUCGCCGCCCGCGAGUCACGCGCGCGACUCCGUCACGAUCGGCGUUGAGCCGCGACGAUCGACAUCGGCGGUCGUCGUCGCCGCGAUCGAGAACCGCGAGGACGACGAUUCCUCGCGGAUCCGCGACGACGGACAGCACGAUCAUCACGGCGGACCACCGGCUGCGGCGGAAGCUCAGGGAAGAUGAGAGGCGUCCGCGACGGCGGCAUGGCGAGUUUCCUCGCCCUGGCUCUCCUCUGCUUGUUCCACGCAUCGUACCCUGUGAACGGGUUACUGAAGUGCUUUUGUGACAUUUGCCUAGAAGCCAAUUACACGUGCGAAACUGAUGGCUAUUGUUUCGCCAGUACGAGCUUGGAAAAUGGCGUCAUCACGUAUGCUCGGAGGUGCGUGAAUAGACACCUGCCGCCGUCGCAGCCCGAGCCGCUCAUCUUCUGCAUGACGAGCGACUCGCGAAACACGAGCUUCGUCAUCGAGUGCUGCAAAGAGGAUUUUUGCAAUCGGGAUCUGAAACCUCCGCUGCACCCUCGCAACAAAGAAGUGUCGUCGAGCGGUGACGAUGCGACGUGGGUCACCUGGAAAAUGGCCUUGACGAUAGCACUGCCAAUAUGCGCGAUCUGCGUGAUCGUUAUGGUCAUCUAUCACAUACACAUGACCAAAAAGAGACCGGCCAGACACUUCCCGGACGAUUCGCUGGAGGCUCCGGACCGGCCGAUUCUGGGCGGCGUCACCAUCAGGGACAUGUUGGAGAUGACUACAAGCGGUAGCGGCUCGGUAGGCCUGCCGCUUCUGGUACAACGGAGCAUAGCGCGCCAGAUUCAGCUCGUGGAGACGAUCGGAAAGGGUCGCUUCGGCGAGGUUUGGCGCGGUCGUUGGCGCGGCGAAAACGUCGCCGUGAAAAUCUUUAGUUCGCGGGAGGAGAGAUCCUGGUUUCGGGAAGCGGAGAUCUAUCAGACGGUGAUGUUGAGGCAUGACAACAUUUUAGGUUUUAUCGCUGCCGAUAAUAAAGAUAACGGUACGUGGACACAGUUGUGGCUGAUAACGGAUUAUCACGAGAAGGGCUCGCUCUUCGAUUACCUCAACAGAUCAACCGUCGACACGAACGGUAUGAUAAGAAUGGCCUUGUCGAUCGCUACCGGCUUGGCGCAUCUUCACAUGGAAAUAGUCGGCACGCAAGGCAAGCCGGCAAUCGCUCACCGGGACCUGAAGUCAAAAAAUAUCCUUGUGAAGACUAAUGGUACCUGCGCCAUAGGCGAUCUCGGAUUAGCCGUCAGGCACGACGUAAUCACGGAUACCGUCGACAUUCAGCUCAACAACAGAGUCGGCACGAAGCGAUACAUGGCGCCUGAGGUUCUUGAAGAGACGAUAAACAUGAACCACUUUGACUCGUUCAAGAGGGCUGAUGUGUACGCGCUCGGCCUGAUCCUUUGGGAGAUCGCUAGGCGUUGCAAUGUCGGCGGGAUUCACGAUGAGUAUCAGCUGCCCUUUUAUGAUUUGGUGCCUUCCGAUCCAACUAUCGAGGAAAUGCGGAAAGUUGUGUGUAUGGACCGACAACGGCCAUCGAUACCGAAUCGAUGGCAGUCAAUCGAAGCAUUGCAGGUAAUGUCGAAGGUAAUGAAGGAAUGUUGGUACCAUAACGCUGCCGCCAGACUGACCGCACUCAGGAUCAAGAAAUCGCUUGCUAAUUAUGGCGCAAUGGAGGACCUGAAGUAGAUUAAGCUUUCACCGGAAAGCUCUUCGACAGAAGAGUUACUAAAAAAUCGAUUGGUAUGUAUGCGUGAAAAAUUUCGAUUGAUAUGUUGCUGUCGAAAACUUUGAUGCAAUAGAAUAGAACUUUCGAUAGCGUGAAGAGAUAUUCUCCGAGAGUUAAUCCGAGGAAUAGCACGAAAAAAAGACCGACUAUAGUUAUAGGAUUCCUUUAUGCGAGAUUGAUCUCGAUUUUCGAGUAAGAAUAUUGUACGAAUAUAAUUGGUAUAAUAUCAAGUUGGGCUCUCUGCGGCAAGUUGUGAGCAGAAAAAAUGGAACGAAUUUUCAAGCGUGUCGGUCGAUUUGGACGACUGAUAGCAAACAGUAAGAAAAAACUUGAUUACUUUAAUCCCGAUGAUCAGUCACUCAAGCGAACGGAUUAAUAAAAAAUCGCGCCGUUCGGUUAAUCGAGCGAUCGUUCGGUUACGCGUCGCACAAAUUUACACAUGCACGCACACUCUGCUGCAUAUUUAUUACAAUAAUACUAAUGAGUAUGAAAAUACUAAAUAAUGAAGUAUACAAAUUUAUUAUAUAGCAAUGUUUAUUAAUUAAUACUAAUGAGUAACAAUAGAUUUAUAUAUUAAUAUGUAUACACAUACGUAUAUAUAUAUAAUUAUAUAUUAUACAUAUUUGCGUUAGUAGAAUAUAAUCGAUUCGAUUAACCGAACUAUUCAUUUUUGUUUGGGCGAUUUUGUCAGGAGACACGGUAGUGUCUCGCAUCAAGUCACGCGUAAAUAAAUUACUUCAAUGAGAUGUUUGACACAUUCGCACGAGUACGACUCAUCGGAAAUAAUCAUUGGGAUAUUGCAUGAGAUUUAAACGUAUCAGCCUCAGCUACGAUUGAACGCGUUGAUAGAGCAUAUGCGUAAGAAAGGCCUUUACAACGGGAUAACAGUUUACUGUAUUAGUUUCGAAAAUUUACCGUAGAAAUUCGCUAUUUUACCAAUGCGUGCAGAGACUGGGAGCAUAUACCAUACAACAUGUCACAAAAGAAAUAUGCAUAUCUUUUGGUUUGCCUUCCUUUCGAAAAGAGUGCCGACUUCGUCGAUUUAAAUGAUUAUAUAGGGUGGAUAGAAAAACCGAACAAUCGACAUGGACGAUGGCAUUCAUUAAAUUUGGAUAGUUUGGAUGAAGCAAUAUACUUUUUUGUCGAAAACAAAAAAUUCAUUGAUGAAAGCGUGUAUCGACAAAAUUGUGGACCUGGAAACUGCCAGGAUUGCUAAUAAGAAUGUCCAUCUUCCUGUAAAGUCCUAUGUGUGGAACUUUGGCGCAUUGUCCGGUUUUAUUUAUCGACCCUAUACUUAUACUCUUAGUAUAGUAGACAUGAAACCGAAUGUUUUGCUCAAAACGAAUAUUUUUGCGUAAUCACACGAAAGAUGAUGCGAGGCGCAAUGGGAUACAGCGAGACUUUCGAAGUAUGUUUUCUUUAUGACGCAAAAAGGUUGAAAUUGGAGUUAAAUUCAAGAGCACGUGUAUCGUGGCAUGAAAGGAACACGAGUAUAUGAGAAGCGUGCGAGAAUUAAAUUGGAGUUGGACUAGGACUGAUACGAAAAAGAGAAGAAGAAGCGAGAAAAGAAAUUUGAUAAAAAGAGAAUCGUUGAAAAAUCUAUAUUUUUUCGGAAAUUUAUUUUUUUGCGUGGAAGAAAGAAAGAGAUGAAAUAUAGCGAAGAUGAACAUUUUAAUUAAAUAUAUUAGACGAAGAAUAUAUUAGAGCGUACGUAAUUAUAGGCAAGAAGGAACCAACUGGAAUAAAAUAAAUAUAAUUUGUGCUUUUUCCAAAUAAUUUAUUAAAUAUGUUGCUAUAUCAGUUUUAACAACGCAUUUUUUUAUAAUGGAUUAUACUAUAAUAGUUUUUUGUAUAUAUCAAACAUUAAGAAAAAAUUAAGAAAAUUUUAAUGUAAAAAUAUGGUGUAUAAUAAAUUUCAAUAACAAGAACAAGAUAAGAUCUCUAAAAGCACUUUAGUUUGUUUGAAGUAAAUAAAAUUUAUUAAUUUUUUAAUUUAUGCAUGUGAUAAAAUUUUAUUCUUACUCUUAUUACAAACUGAUAUAAAAAUAAUAUAAAAAUAUUUUGUUAUAAUAAAAAAAAAGUAUUUUCAGUUGGUUUUUUCUGGUAUAACCACGUUUAAGAGUUUUUUGGAUUAUUUCCAUUGAAUUGUAUUAAUGUAUGCGUUAUAUCGGUUUAAAAAAAAAGCUUUGCUGAAUGCUAUUUUAUACAUUUAAAAAAAAAUUAAUUUGGAGUCUAAAGAAAGUGUCACAUAAACUUCACAUAUAUAUUUACGCGCUGUAUUUCAGUGAGUUGAAAAGCAAUCGUAGUGCUCGAGAUAGGUAUAUAAAUUUGGUAUACUGCGAGAUUGAGAGAAUGUGACGAAUAUGCAUACGCGGAAUGCCUCUCUGCGAAACAUAAUUAUAUAAUUAUCGACGAGGAAGAGGAGAGAUUGUUUCUCCUUACUUGUUUAUUCGCGAAGAAUAGAGCAGAUUCUUCUCUUCUUCCACGAAUAAUUGAUUAUAUCGGUAAUAAUGUAUAGUGUAUACUUCGGACGAAGAGAGAAAGAAAUAUGGAAAGCGAUUUAUUUGGAAUGAAAGAAAGCAGGUGAGUAAUGUUACGUGAAAUAUAAGAGAAUCCAGAAGAGAGAACACAGGAAAAUAAGAAUCUGCGUCAUCCAAUAGUCAAAGUAAAAGUCUGCGAAGUUACAAUUAUUAUUAUAUUAUAGGAGAAAGAACGGAGGAUCCUUCGACCAUAUAAUCGUAUUUUUAUAUUGUUUUUUACCGAUGACGUCGAUUGAACGUCAUGCUAAUUUUCCUCUUCCGUUUUUACAUGUCGCAAUGUUCCGACCCAGUUGCAAUAGUUUCAUAUGUAUGGACGCGUGCUUUAUAUUAUAUAUAUUUAGCUCUUUAUAUAAAUCGGUGCAGAUAGUUCUUAAUUUAAUAAUAUAACUAAUGUAAUCUAAUAUGAACCACCAUCUCUCUAAUAUGAAUCAUACAUAUCUUUUAAUAAAUAUAUAAAUUUUAAAUUCUUUAAUAAAGAAACAAAGUAGCUAUAACAAAAAAAAA